UCUAGCGUAUUAACAUAUUAUGUUAAACAGUGUGUGUAUUCAGUCAUCUCUCUUUACACUAACAAAACAAUCGAAUCGUUAAAUUACUAUAGUGGCACACGUUUAAAGCGUAGAAAGUGAAUUUAAUUUAUUUCACCGAAUAACGUUAAUAUAAAAUCGUGCAGCCAAAGUUAUAAUUAUUCUAAUCGUAUGGCACAAUGAUAUUGGAUAUAGAUGAACAAAAGUUAGCGAUUUCAAGGGAUUUCCAAUAGACAACAGUCGUAAGAAGCAACUAAUGAGAUUGCAUCAGAUCGAUAGCCGUUGUAAAAUGUUGUCAAAAAGUAUGAGGAGGCCUGAACAGAACUUAGGUGGAUAGUCUCAUCUCAAAUGUACGCGAAGACAACAGGCGAGAAGAAAUAAUGUAGUAAGAAACGAGGAAGGCCUAAAAAAUAAAGUAUUUAAUGACGGCCGAACAACUUGUGCCAUAGCUAUUUUACCAGUCAUGUUUACAUGACGCUUCAACAGUGUAGAGACAUCAUUACUCAACUCUAAGUUGGACUCACGCAUAAAGAAAGAGUUUCUAACUCUAAACAGUCAAAAUCAUAACUGUCACGUAAAUACUGUGUGUUCAUGAAGCCUCUUCUCUGAACAAGAACUAUCACUUUCAUAAACGACCAUCGUUGUCAAGGCUUAUGGUUUGGGAUACAGUGUACAUGAUGAAUGGGCAAGCAAAGUCUAUUAUUGGCUGAAAGAUAUAGAACUGAAAGCCAAAAUGAGUGGAAACUCAUUUUAUGAUUUUUGUGCAUCUAACCAUAUUGUAGCAAAUGAUUCGGUUAGUAAUAUUAAAGGACAAACAAAAGAUUAUACUAAAAAUACAUAUGUCUUUGAAAAAUUUGGUGUAACAAAGAACAGAGAAAAUAUAAAUUUAACAUUAAAUAAGGAUGUUUGCCAUAUACUUGAUAAUUGCAAAGAAAGUGAAUGGGAUGAAGAAAAGUUUUUGGCUUCUAAACGGCAAAUUUUGCCUAGAAAAAUUGGCUUGACCAGGCAAAAUAAAAAACAAAAUCAUACAUUACAAAAGGAUGUUUGUUAUAUAUUUGAUAAUUGCAAUGGAAGUGAAUGGAAUGAAGAAAAGUUUUUGGUUUCUAAACGGCAAAUUUUGCCUAGACAAGUUGGCUUGACCACGCAAAGUAAAAAACAAAAUCAUAUAUUACAAAAGAAUGUUUGUCAUGUACUUGAUAAUUGCAAGGAAAGUGAAUGGGAUGAAGAAAAGUUUUUGGCUUCUAAACGGCAAAUUUUGCCUAGAAAAAUUGGCUUGACCAGGCAAAAUAAAAAACAAAAUCAUACAUUACAAAAGGAUGUUUGUUAUAUAUUUGAUAAUUGCAAUGGAAGUGAAUGGAAUGAAGAAAAGUUUUUGGUUUCUAAACGGCAAAUUUUGCCUAGAAAAGUUGGCUUGACCACGCAAAGUAAAAAAGAAAAUCAUAUAUUACAAAAGAAUGUUUGUCAUAUACUUGAUAAUUGUAAGGAAAGUGAAUGGGAUGAAGAAAAGUUUUUGGCUUCUAAACGGCAAAUUUUGCCUAAAAAAAUUGGCUUGACCAGGCAAAAUAAAAAACAAAAUUAUACAUUACAAAAGGAUGUUUGUUAUAUGCUUGAUAAUUGCAGAGUAAUCUAAUGGGAUGAAUAACAGUUUUAUUUUAUUGAAUAAAAAUUUUUAUCAUUAGUAAAUUGUAUAAAUUCAGUUUCUAUUCAAGUUCUAGAGACUGACAAUUUAAUUUUUUUUUUUAAUUUAUGCGCUUAAAAUAUAAGUAAAUAUUU